AUGGUUGAUCUGACGCUUUACUAUUUGUUGCAAACAAUUAUCACCUGCCGCCAGCUGUAUGAUCCCAUAUUCACUGAGUGCAAAAAAUGGCGGGGCGCAGUGGUCUACGAAUGCAAUGAUUCUCGCGCGCGCAGGUACUUGGAGAAGGCAGCCGCGCUGGCGGAAUGGUACCUUGAGUCGACAGGGAAUGUGUCAAUUGCUCUAGUUAUUUACAACAAAAGCGGCGAGCCGCAAGAGAAAUGGUCUUUUGAUUGCCACAAGGCCAGCGAGUUUGACGCAAAGGCGUUCCAGGCGGUAACAAACCAGAUCGUGGCUGCUGCUGGGUAUCUCCAGCCGUUAGACGAAUCGUUCAAAUUCAAGGUCCUCGCCACUGUGCCUGCCGAACUCAAUCUAGCGCAGUUCAAUCUCCGACUAUCCAGGGACGCUCUCCCAGAGGUGAGCCCGCUCAAGCUUACCCAGAUUCCUGGCAUUUCAACAAUAUUUUAUGGGAUUUAA